AUGGGAUUCAACAUCGCGUUCACCACCAUAGCGGAAGAGAAUGGCUUGACUGAGACGGAAAAGGGCUUGACCCUUAGCUCCUACUACUUUGGGUUCACCGUCUCUCAGGUUCCGGGCGGCUACAUGGCCAAACGUUGCGGCGGCAAGGCCACCCUGGGGCUGUGCUUCCUCCUCUGGUUCCCCCUGUCCGCGGCGCUGGCCUCCAGCAUCAGGUCCGGCUACGCGGCGCCCGUCGUCGUCGGGUGCCGCCUGGGCAUCGGCCUCGCCCAGGGGAUGUUUCUUCCGGCGGCGCAAUCGGUUCUCGGGCACUGGAUCCCCGCCCGCCGCCGGGGGCGGCACUUCGCCUUCGCGAUGUCGGGCAUGUUCGCGGGGGCGGCGAUCGCCAUGGUGACGGUGCCACCCAUAGUAUCGCGCUUUGGCGCACACACGGCCUUUUACGUAGCGGCCGUCAUGGGCGCGGCGUGGCUGGCCGUGUGGAUCUGCUUAGGCUCGGAUGCUCCUCACUCGCGAAGAGAGGGGGAAAAAUUCAACACGAAGGCGUUGCGUCCCCGCGAGGGUGUAGGGGUUACGGCGGGGGAAGACACUGACGUCGACGGUACGACGAGGGCGGGAUCGGAAGACGGAUUGCCGAGGCCGGAUGCGGGAGACGGGAGUUGUUGGGUGGCGGCGGGGCUAGGGGAAGGAGGCCCCGGGGAUUGGUCGUUUCAAAACCCGGCGGCAGGCUCGCCCUCGGUGUGCCGAGACCCUGCGCUGCUGCGGAGCAGCAACCACGGCUCAGGAUGCUCCGCAGAAAGAGGGGGCGGAGGCGGGGGCGUGUGUCUGGAUUGCGUUGAACGCGCGCCCACCGAAGCCGACGCCGCCGCCGGUCGCGUUGUUGAUCCCGAGCCGAUUCCGCCGGGCGGCGGUGACGACACACCUGUUGGCGACGCCUGCGGGGGGGGGGGUCCUGCUUGCGGCCACAAGUCCACGGUAGUCUGUGGCCUCCUCGUUGCUAAGAGCGCCGCCCUCUCGUGGGACGAAUCCAAAAAGGUGGCAGUUGUGUGCGAUGGGAGGACGGAAGGGGCCCCCCCCGCCGACGCCGCCUCCGCCACGAGCACGGAUAGCGACACUCGGGCGGCGAUCGCCGGCGGCGACGGCGGUGAUAGCGGUCGAACCACCGGUGGCGGUGAUGGUGGUGGUAGCAGCGAUGACAGUGGCAGCAGCCAUGCGGCGAGUCUUGCAGCCCUGGAAGGCGUUUGCGAGCCCUCCAGCAGCGGGAGGGGAGGCCGGGCGGCAGCGAAGACAACCGUUGUGAAGGCCUUCGAACGAACCGCGGCCCCUUUUCCGUGGAGGGCGAUGGCCGCUUGCCCCGCGGCGUGGGCGUUCGUGGCCGGCAACGUGGGCGCGGGGAUGGGCAUCAACGUGGUGAUGAGCUGGCUGCCGACGUACUACGAGGAAUUCGUGCUGGUCGAUCUUGAAGACAUUCACAUCGCUGAGCUGCUCUCGCCCUACCUGACCAUGAUGGCGUUCUCCGUCCUGGGCGGCGUCUCCUACUCGUGGCUCGUCAACGGCCGCGGCCUCCCGAGGGCGCGGUCCUCCAAGCUCGUCGCCGGGGCCGCCUUCUCCCUCUCCGUCGCCGUCUUCCCCUGCAUGGGCCUGCCCCGAAGCUGCGCCGCCGCGACCGUGGUGUCCUCGCUGGCGCUGGCGAGCGCCGCCCUCUCGAGGGGGGGCUGGUCGACCAACCACAUGGAGAUCGCCGCCCCUGAGCACGCGGCGAUGCUCUACUCGGUGGCCAACUCCAUCAGCGCGGCCGCGAGCGUGCUCGGCAUCUCCCUGACGGGGAAGCUGCUGGACACGUUCGGCGGGGGCGGGGAGCCGCAGGCGUGGACCGCGGCGAUGGGCACGAUCGGCGCCCUGUGCGGCGCCUGCGGUGUCCUGUUCGUCCUCUUCGCCAGAGGGGAUGAGGUGCUGUUUCCCGCCACCGCCGGCGAUGCGGAUCUCGCGGAUGUAGAAGAAGGAAACGAAAAGCGGGAGGGGGGGGGAGCGGGCGAGUGGGGGUGGGGGUGGCGGUGCUGCAGGAAGGAGGACGGGAUGCCGAGCGAGUGGCCGCGGCCCUUGGGCUGGAGCGACGAGAAUUCGAGGAGACGGUGGGGGCAGAAGGGAUAG